UUACAGUCUAUUGACCUAACCUGUGACGUGUAUUGAAAAGCUCUCAAUGCUCUCUCCCAUUCACUCGACCUGCUCUUUAGUGAGUUUGUGUUCAGCAGACUGUAAGUGACUCUUUAGAGAUUGUUCACUGAAACAGAAUGAACUCGCUGGUCCACUCAGAUGAUUCAGUAAAGUCACAGGAGUGGAAGGACGAGGUUUCCCACUCACAGAGUCACUGUGGCUUUCCUCUAACAGCCUGGUCAUCAGUAGAAUCAUCAUCACUGUCUGCAUUUAGAUUUUUGUGCCUAACCUCUGUAUUGCUUGACAUUUAUUGUUUCAAAACUGGGUUAUAAACCGUGAGGGCUGGAUUUCCAAUUAUAGUGACAAAAAACAGAAAUCUUGAAACUGGAUUUGGAAAAAAAUGGUGACUGAAAUUUGAAUGGCUACUUUGUCUUCAUUACAUCAGCAGCAAAGACCUCAAAAAGCUGGAUUUUCCUGUUCAACUGGACUAAUGUGGUAACCGAUGCUGACUCCAUCAUGCUGUACUUCCAGGUGGUGAUACUCGCUGCUACAGUCAUGCUGGUUUACUACUGUGAGUUCACUGACACUUUCAGUCCAGCAGAGCAGGGCUUCAUUUGCAGAGAUCCCACUUUGACCAAACCUGAUCCUGGACCUGAGCAGAACAGCCGCAUGCCACCUAUAAUACUGUACUCUGUGGUGAGCGGACUACCUGUUGUACUGAUUUCAGGGGUGGAAGUAGUCAUCUUCCUCUUUUACUACAACUCAAACAACUUUUAUGAGCAGGAGAAGGUUGUUGUCGUGGGAGACUGCUGCUAUGUUAACCCCAUGGUGCGCAGGACUGUCCGUUUCCUUGGUGUCUUUGUCUUUGGUUUGUUUACAACAGACAUUUUUGUUAGUACUGGUCAGAUGGUCACAGGAAGUCUGGCUCCCUACUUCCUGUCUGUGUGCCAGCCCAAUUACACUGCUCUCGGCUGCCAGGAUACAGCGUUCUUUGUGAGCCAGUCAGAUGGCUGUACUGGUGACCCUGAUGACAUCAUCAGAGCCAGGAAGACAUUUCCCUGCAAAGAGGCUGCACUCAGUGUCUACUUAGCUGUUUACUUGGCAAUGUACAUCAUGUCCUGUGUUGGAUCUGCAGUGGGGCGUCUGGCUGGGCCCUUUGUCAGCCUCUCAUUGGUCAGUCUGGCUUUGCUAACAGGCAUCAACAGAGUGGCUGAAUAUCGUAACCACUGGAGUGAUGUUAUAGCAGGACAAGGCAUUGGUGCUGCUGUUGCUGUCUUUCUGGUUGUUUUUGUGGUUCAGUAUUUCAAAAAGAGACCUGUGAUUCCCCAGAGUCCCUCAGACUCAGGCACGGCUAAUACCGAUGAGGUUUCCCCUGAAGUCAAUCACAAUAUGGAGACCAGUGAUAAG